GUAUGAUAAGUGCUAAGCUUACUCGUACUAGUAGUAGUAGUAGUAGUAGUGCAGACAGCCGAGUCUAUGGUCACAUGUUCUGGCACGUUGCUUGGUCAUGUGAAUAGGUGGCUGUGAGUGAACAGCUACCACGGCGCUCUCGUCGCUCGCCAUCCGGCACGCAUCCCGUGUCUCCUUGACGCAGUCAGCGCACUCCACUCUGCCCUACAUCGAGGAGCUCUUCCCAACGGCGCUGAGCAACUUGACGGUCAAGUCACCCGAAGCGACGAAUAUCCUGCAAUCGCGCUAUCAGCGGGCCAGCGGCGGAUCCCCACGCCUCUGCGCGCCAUUAGCGACAAUCGCGGCGAUGGGGUGGACAUCCGAUACAGCCGUGUCCCAGCAGUGUGCAUGAAGAACCAACAGGAGCGCGUUUACGCUCAGGACGGCCCACUUCAAGCAGUACCUCCUCUCGGCCGAGAAGCGGCGUAGGACAAUCAGUGGGGUGACCCCCUUUUCCUUCGAGCUCGUGGUGGAUCUUUUGGCGCUCUCGAGCGACCACAAGGACGGUGUAAUUCCGGCACUGGGGGAGCACAACGCGGCGCUGAGUGUGGCCAUGAUCCGUGUGGUAGACGCGCAGUGGGAGACGCAGGUGCGCACUCUGCGGGUCACGGCCCGCUUCGACAAGACGCUUGCGAUCUGCGAUGUCUCGGCCUCGAUGGAGUCGCUUGGUACGCGCUUCAGCAAAUAGGCCGUGCAGUACAUCUCGCCCGCAUUCGCGCUGUCCCUGCUCCCCGCCCAGUUGUCCGACAUACGACGCGUUUGAGGCAGCGUACUCAGGCUCGGCCUUUGGAUACUAUGCUCGCUCACCAGCCUCAAAUAUCAGGUUCGGAUCCUGCAGGUUUUCGGACCCACCUUCUAUAGAUUUGGAUACCACGUUUUGAAGAUCGUAUUCUGGACUUUUUGUCGAGGGAGCCGACGUCGAUGCGCUGGCGCAAUGGAGCGAAGUUGCGAUGAUGACUGGGUUCUCGCCAGUAAUGCUCGAGGUGUUUGUGGGUGAUGAUGAAGAAAAGAACGCGGUUGAUGUCGUCGAGGAGGAUGGAUGUGCACACAAGCAACUGGAAUCCACUGACUGUUCUGAAAAAGGCUCUGGCGCUGGAGAGUGUCGCCGGUCUGAAGGUCCCUGGCUCAAUAAUCAAGAGAUGCACAUGGUACUGACCAGCAUGAGAAUUGAUGAAUUGUCUUUAUCAUACAAUCACAAUGUAGAAAAAUGCGGGGACGACACAAGCCAACAAACACACAACAUCAGCAGCCCCAGUUCCUACGAUCGUGAUCUCGUUACUGUAACCGCGACUGUCAUGGGACCGCCAGUCUUGGUCCCGAUCCCUGCUCGAUGGCGGCCGGCGCUGCCGGACCCUGCCGGAACUCAUGGAUGGGCAGACGAAAACA